AUGUCGAAGAAACCCGUCCCUACUGACGCCGAGCUUCUCGCCCAGUUCGAUGACCUGAAUGUUGACAAUGCCGGCGUUGACAAUGCCUCCGCAACGGAGCCCCAGGACAGUGCGGACCAAGAUGUCCUAGCUGAGCUCCAAAACCUCGCUUCACAGAGACCGAUGAGCCGGCCUUCCACACCCCAGUCAAAGAGCGUCUCCACGACCACACCGCCCGCCGAUAGAUCGAGUGAGGAGAAGACCCUGUCGAGAAAAUCAGGCGACAGCACAAGACCGUACCAUAAGAGCAUGACUCCAGCGGAUACAACGUCGGAGGAAGCUGGAUCAACCCCCAUCACACCGGAUCCUCAGCCCAAGAGCGCCGGGGGUGGUUGGUGGGGUGGGAUUUUUGCGACUGCCAGUGCGGCGAUGAAGCAGGCCGAGGCUGCCGUGAAAGAGAUUCAAAAAAACGAAGAAGCUCAACGGUGGGCGGAUCAGGUCCGGGGGAAUGUUGGUGUGCUCAGGGGCUUAGGCGGAGAAUUAAAGACCCUCGCGCUGCCUACGUUCACUUCUUUUAUUCACACUCUAGCUCCUCCCAUUUCAUCCCACGAACGACUUCAGAUUCAUAUUACCCAUGAUCUCCGAGGGUAUCCGUCCCUCGAUUCUUUGAUCUAUAACGUUUUUGCGCGUGUCAUGGCACAGGUUGAGGGAGGUGAUCUCCUGGUGGUUCAACGGGGCCAAGAAUCUGGGCCUAAACGGGGUUUGGAAUCCUCAGCAUCUCAAAGAUCUACUGCUGGUUGGAAUGAUGGCCCCUGGUGGCGCUACGUGUCAUCCGACCAGCCUCGUUCGAUAUCUGCUAUCAAGGGUGCAGUGGCGGCCACAAAACUUGCCCGAGCGAGUGCAGAAGCCUAUGCAAACGAUCAUUAUGCUGCCCGAGGCGGUGUUGAAGAAGCUGCAAGACAGGCGUCCGAAAUAUUGUCAGAAUCUAACCCCGUUCGCAACAGUGACAUCUUCCUCUCCAUCCAAGCCCUGACUCAGCCUGCCUCGUCGGAAUACUUUCAAGCUGGGCCCAGCGGCGAAGCAGAGAACACUUCCGGUGUAGUUGAGCCAAGCGCAGAUGUUGAGGAAGAGAUCUCGUUCGCUUUCUAUCUCCAUGACCCGGUCCACGGAAUCGCAUUCCAUACCAUUUCUCAAUCCAUUCCGCAAAAGUGGAUUGAUUGGCUUGAUGCACCCGCACCUGAAUCCAACUUCAACGCGCCAGAGACUACCCAAUAUUUCGUCCCUGAAACCAUUGCAGAGAUUAUUGAGAGUGGAGGGGUUGAUCCUCGUGAAUGGGUGGCAGAAUGGGUUGAGGAUGCGCUUACUCUAGGCGUGGGUGUUAUUGCACAGCGUUAUGUUGCCCGCAGAAUGGGUGUCGGCGAGGGCGGAGUUGGCAAGGGGAAGAUGAAAGCCGAACAGGCGACAGUAGUGGAAAGCGGAGCCGGUGAAGCUGCAAGGGCUAUUUGA